AUGAACUUCGCAACUGGCAGCGACCAAGUGCCCACCAGUCCAUCUCUCAGUCACAAAUAAACUCGCGAGCACGUCUGCCAUUGAACGGAGCCCAAGGUCCAUCGCUACGCUUGGCAGCGUCGAAACAGCCAUCGCCGAAUACAUUGUCUUCAGAGGAUGCCCUCUCAACAGCCAGAAGAACGCACAACACAUUGAACGAGGCCAAAAGUCGACUGGAUGAUGUAAAUCAACAUUUCGACGAGCAACUCGCAUGGCAGAGGAAGUUUUCUACAGAAUCAAGGGAAUUGUUGGAAGCAACAAAGGUGGAAGGGCUGCUAGGUUCCAAAGAGAUCGUUCAUUCGUUGUACGAGUUAACGCAUGAUCACAAGAGAAUUUUUGUUGCCCAUAACGAAUUCCUCAGACGAUCAUAUAAUUGGUAUGAACGAAUCAAGGGGGAGUUUGAGGAACGCUUACAGCAGUUGCGAGAGGCCACCAAGGUAUAUCAAUGCGCCGUUCUUACCAAAGCCUGCUAUUGACUCCUUCAUAGCCCGCGGCCGAUACCGAAGAGAUGCAUCGUCGAAAAGUUGAGGCAUAA